AGGGGAGGAGCCUGCUGUUGCCCCAGCAACAACCGGGGCACCCCAGGAGAUCGAGGCUGCGAACCUAUCUACCUCAGAUCUCCCUCCGCCUGGAAGGGCCCGGGAGGGGCGCGAGACGAGUCUCGACGGCGCCCGCAAAGAGGCCUAUGAACUACCAUCCCCGGGGCAGCUUUCACUUCUAACGGUCAAGUACACGGAGAGCCAUGGCUGAAGUGCACGUGAUCGGGCAGAUCAUAGGGGCCACCGGCUUCUCGGAAAGCAGCCUCUUCUGCAAGUGGGGCAUCCACACAGGGGCCGCAUGGAAGCUCCUCUCAGGUGUACGGGAAGGCCAGACGCAGGUAGACACACCCCAGAUAGGGGACAUGGCUUACUGGUCCCACCCCAUUGACCUGCACUUCGCUACUAAAGGUCUCCAAGGUUGGCCUCGACUCCAUCUCCAGGUGUGGUCCCAGGACAGCUUUGGCCGCUGCCAGCUUGCUGGCUAUGGCUUUUGCCAUGUGCCUAGCAGCCCAGGCACUCACCAGCUGGACUGCCCUACAUGGAGGCCCCUGGGCAGUUGGAGGGAGCAACUAGCACGGGCUUUUGUGGGUGGUGGGCCACAGCUGCUGCACGCAGACACCAUCUACAGCGGGGCUGACCGCUACCGCCUGCACACGGCCGCCGGUGGCACAGUUCACCUUGGUAUUGGCCUGCUGCUGCGCCACUUUGAUCGCUAUGGUGUGGAGUGUUGAGGGACUUCAUUGCCACUAAUCGCCAUCAUCCACUGAGCACAUGCUGGCACAGCAGUGGAGCAGGCACGCAGACUCUGGAGACUGUGUGUCCUGACCACUCCCAAGUCAUGGCCCCUAUGCCAUGGACUGCAAGGCCAGGAACUCCCCCUGUGGCCCAUGCUCCACUGAACUACCGGGUAGUAAGGCUGUGGACUAGAGGGACUUGAGCAGGGCCCACUGUUUGGACUGUCGGGAGCACUUAAUAAAAGCGCGCAUUUCUCAUGGGUAA